AGUUUAGUUUAGAUCCCUUCUGAUUUCUAAACCAAAAGAACUGCUGGAGAGGGAGGAAAUGGCUGCUCCGUCUUCCCCAUCAGUCCCGUCCAUCUCAGCUUCUGCCGACGACCCCAAGAAAUAUCUUCUCAAGCAGAUAAGAAGCCACGAGAUUGCGAUAGACGAGUUGAAUAAUCUCUCAUCCUCCCGAGCUGUCUAUCAGAAAAAUGGAAAUAUCUUCUUCUGCACAAGCAUUCAAAAAGCAAAAGCAUCUGAACAAAGACAACUUGAUUCAGCCAAGGCCAAGCUACAAAAGUUAAAUUCAGCUCAAUAAAUCCAACAUAACAUGAUGGCUACAUCUUCCAUUUCUUGGUUGUCAAUAUCUAGCCUAGUGCAGAUCCCCUUGUGUACCUGAGAAUGACAACAUUGUCAGAAGCGUUGCCAUGGUGCCCAAUUUGAAGGGGCUGCAUAAAUGCUGCGGUGGAUUUGUGUUCUUUAAAAACGUUGCCAUGUAGCAGCAUAAACUGUAUGCUAAAUUGCAAGUCUACUUUCUAGAACACCAGAUGCUAUAAAAACUUUAGCACUUCCCCUCUAAUGUGUUAGGUGAAGAUGAAUUAAGAAUAUGUGGUUUGGAGCUCAUACAAUUCCUACAACUGUUCAGAGCUAUUUUUCUAUUCAAUGCUGAAUUAAUGUUGAAAAAUUGAA